AUGUCAGAACAUUCAACACCAUCAUCAACAACCACACAAAACUUAUCUUCGGCCGAAUUGGAAUUAAAGAGAUUAGAACUUGCUUUUAAACAAAAGCAAGCAGAAGUAGAGCUUGAAAAAGAAAAAACAAAACAAAAGCUAGCAGAAAUAAAGAUCGAAGAGGAAAAAAGAAAAGCUGAAGAGGAAAAAAGAAAAGCUGAAGAGGAAAAAAGAAAAGCUGAAGAAGAAAAAACAAAACAAAAGCUAGCAGAAGUUGAGCUGGAAAAGCAACGCAUAAAGAGAGUGAAACUUACCAUCCAAACACCAAAUGCGUUUUCAAUUUCGGAAUUUGAUUUCUACGAACAACAUGUCAAAAAUAACCUGACCGAAAUUGUAACACCAACAUGGCUCGGAGAAAUUGGGGAACGGAUCACCGUUAAAACUAAACGAUACGGUGAAUUUAACAGUGAAAAUAAUGUACAACAAGCUUUUAUGAGUUUUAUUACCGAGAUGGCUCGCGGAAUUGAAUAUAAUGCAAAGCCCUAUGAUACCUCUCGACACGUUACUUUGGGUAAUAAGAGGCCAGAUGUUUGUUUGAUUCCAAAGAAUCUUGACAUUCAAGACGUAUCUCGAGUUGCGAGUGGUUUUAGUUCGAUAUUACAUUCUAUCAUUGAGGUGAAGCAUACUAAUAUUUCUAACUCCUCAGCACACGGCCAAGUGUUUUUUUAUUUGACAGAAAUUUUACGGAUUCAGAAAAACAGAAGAGAAGCAUUUGGAGCUCUUUCAACAUAUGAAUCAAUUAGAUUUGUAAAAGCAGAACGAGACGAAAGUCAGAUUCAUUAUUUCAUCACGGACUUAUUUCCUCUAUGCUCUCAUGACAGCAAUGAUCAAAACUCUGAUGGUGUCCAAUAUCUCUCAAACAUGCUUCGUUUGCAUAUAGACAUUCCAACUCCAACUUUUUCUGUAAAAAUUCAUAGUUUUUUAGGAAUUGGCGCGACAUCUGUGGUCUAUGAAAUUACUGAUCCAAAUGAUCCAUCAUCAAAAAUCGCUAUGAAAUUAUGUACCUCCAUUGAUCGAAUGGUUGUCGAGAAAGAAAAGAAAAUAUUGAGAACUUUACACUCAAAAUUAUCAUCAGAAAGCAAAAAACACAUUCCUAAAAUUGUGUCUGAAGGAGAUGAAAAUACAUUGCUAAUGCCAAAAUAUACACAAUUAAUUAUUAACAAAUUAAUACCUAUUCCCUUUAACAAAUUAGCAUGCAUUGUAGAUUUGUUGAAAGAUGUUCACGAUGCAGGCUUUUUUCACAAAGAUAUUAGACCUGAAAAUAUUGUACAAACGACAGAAGUAGACUAUGAUCUCGUUUUGUUAGAUUGGGGAUUUGCAGAAGAAAAAUCAGAACAUUAUAAUGUUUCUUAUUUUCAAGGAACUGUUUCCUUUUGUGCUCAAGAUUAUGCAAAAGCAUUUAUUGAAAAACAUCCCAUCCCCUACCAGAAGAAAUUUGAUAUGGAAUGUUUGUUAAAAUGUUGUUUUUAUAUAUAUGAUGAGGAACUUCGUAAAUUAUUCAAUGAGAGUUCAAAGGACAAUAUAAACCUGGUAGAUAAAUUAAAAAUUUACAUGGAGAUCUGGAAGGAUUAUGCAGAAAGUAAUACGAUCUUCAGGACCGCUCUUCAAAAUUUGUCCUAUGAUAGUAUAAAACAAGCCUUGGAAUCUUUGCAACAGCAACAACAUUAA